CGUCCCUCCUCCGUACCGCCCGCCGUUCUCGCGCGCUUCUUCCUCGCCUAAUCACCCAGACUACCUCGAAGGCGCCAAUUGCGCUUACGAGACAAUAUGCUACCGCCGCAGCGGCCGUCGCAGACAGUGGGGAGCAAUCCUUCUUCCCCGAUGAGCCCAAAGCUCCAAUCGUAAAGACACAGAUUCCGGGCCCAAAAAGCACAGAGGCCAUCGAGAGGCUGAGCAAGGUGUUUGACACCCGGAGUUUGAACAUGAUGGCCGAUUAUUCACGAAGCUACGGCAACUACAUUGCAGACCUCGACGGCAACGUCCUUCUCGAUGUGUAUGCUCAGAUUGCUUCGAUCCCAGUUGGCUACAACAACCCCUCUCUUCUUCUUGCAGCCUCUUCACCCGAAAUGGCCUCGGCCAUUAUCAACCGUCCCGCUCUCGGCAACUUUCCUCAGCACGACUGGGCGGAUAUCCUCGAAAGUGGAAUCCUCUCGGUUGCACCCAAAGGUCUCAACCAGGUCUUCACCGCCCAGGCUGGCUCCGACGCCAAUGAACUCGCCUACAAGGCAGCCUUUAUGUGGAAGCGCCAACAGCAGCGUGGAGGAGCAGAUGCCGACUUUUCCGCCGAAGACAUUGCCUCGUCCAUGAUCAACCAGUCGCCCGGUGCCCCCAACAUGUCCAUCAUGUCCUUCAAGACGGGCUUCCACGGCCGCCUCUUUGGCAGUCUCUCCACCACACGCUCCAAGCCCAUCCACAAGCUCGACAUCCCUGCCUUCGACUGGCCGCAAGCACCCUUCCCCACCCUCAAAUACCCACUCGCUGAGCACGAAGCUGAAAACCGACAAGAGGAACAGCGCUGCCUUGACGAAACAGAGCGUCUCAUCAAGGAAUACCACAACCCCCCUGUAGCCGUCGUCGUCGAGCCCGUCCAAUCCGAGGGCGGCGACAACCACGCCACCCCCUUCUUCUUCCGCGGCCUCCGCGCCAUCACCAAGAAACACGACGUCCUGCUUAUUGUCGACGAAGUCCAAACCGGCGUCGGCGCCACAGGCAAAUUCUGGGCCCACGAACACUGGGGCCUCGACACUCCCCCAGACAUGGUGACGUUUUCAAAGAAAGCCCAGACAGCAGGCUACUACUUUGGCAACGAUGCCCUCCGCCCCAACAAGCCGUACCGCCAGUUCAACACGUGGAUGGGCGACCCAGCCCGCGCCCUCUUGUUCCGCGCCAUCAUCCACGAGAUCCAGCGCAUGGACUUGGUCACAAACACCGCUGCCACAGGCGACUAUCUGUUCGCCGGUCUCCAGCGCCUCGCCGCGCAGUACCCCCGCGAGAUCCAGAACCUAAGAGGCCAGGGCCAGGGCACGUUUAUCGCAUUUGAUAGUGCGCGCCGCGAUGAGGUGCUCAAGAAGGCAAAGGGCCAGGGUGUGAAUAUCGGAGGCUCCGGUGAGAGCGCCGUGCGGUUACGCCCAAUGCUUAUUUUCCAGAAGCAUCAUGCGGAUUUGUUGCUGGAGAGGCUGGAGAAGGUGUUUCAGUCUUGAUCAAGUGAGUGAGUGAGUGAGUGAGUGAGUGAGAUGUAUGGGCAUGGUUAAUCAUGAGCAAGGAGUUUAAGGCGUUUUAUCUUUUUUUUUUCGUUGUUGAAAAUCUGGUUCUUUUGGGUUUUUGCCCGCUUAGUCAGUUAUUUAAUGAAUAAAUGACAGAAUGCAUGGGAUGAC